UUGGAUUGGAAUGAGAUUUCAUUAUGUUUACGUUUACGUGCCUAACAAAUUUUGAUUAAAAAGGAAAUAUGAUACACAUUGUAAAUAACAGUAAUGAACAAAUUACAUGAUAAUAAAUCUUAAACUUUGAUUCACAACUGUCUUAAGUGCUUUGUCUACAUAAACCACGACUAUACUGAAGUCUAUCUACUGGUUCUAUUAAUCGCAAUGCAGGGUGAUGAUCCACCCUACUUGCCAGUGGGGACUGAUGUUAGUGCAAAAUACAAGGGUGCAUUCUGUGAGGCUAAAAUAAAAAAAGUUGUACGGAAUAUUAAAUGCAAAGUUACACUUAAAGCUGGUGGAGGAACAAUUACUGUGAAUGAUGAUGUAAUAAAAGGUACAUUGAGGAUUGGAAGUACUGUAGAAGUGAAACAGGAUCCGAAAAAAGAUGCAAUGGAAGCUGUAAUUACUAAAAUACAGGAUUGCAGUCAAUAUACUGUUGUGUUUGAUGAUGGUGAUAUCACAACAUUGAGGCGAUCAGCGCUUUGCCUGAAGAGUGGAAGGCAUUUCAAUGAAAGCGAGACUUUAGAUCAAUUGCCAUUGACACACCCUGAACACUUUUCUACCCCAGUCAUAGCAGGACGACGUGGCAGAAGAGGACGCGCCCAGUCAGAUGAUAGUGAAGGCGAAGGUACAAGUCGUCCCGUGAAGGCGGACAGUGCCGAGCGCGAACCGCACGUGGGUCGCGUGGUGCUCGUGGAGGCGGCUAGUGGCGCGGAGAGGCGCCGACCGCACCAGCCCGCCUUCCCAGCGCUGGUCGUGGCGCCCACGGCACAGAUCAAGGUCAAGGAGGAUUAUUUAGUACGCUCCUUCAAAGAUGGACGAUAUUACACAGUACCCAAAAAAGAAGCACGCGAGUUCCGUAAGGGCAGCGCACCGCUGGAAUGGGCAGGAGUUGAAGCCGCUCUGCAAUAUUUGAACCAAGGUGUGCUGCCUCCACACUGGGAUCGAGACACGCUCUUCAACGAACCCCGAAACACUUCUGAUGAUAGUUCCGAUGAUGAACCAAGAGAAGAAAAAGAUCAUUUCGUGGCUCAACUGUAUAAGUUUAUGGAUGACCGUGGAACACCGCUCAAUCGGAACCCGACUAUAGCCAACAAAGAUAUUGAUUUAUAUAGACUAUUUCGGGUCGUUCAAAAACUAGGAGGCUACAACAGGGUCACUAAUCAAAAUCAAUGGAAAACUAUUGCUGACAAAAUGGGCUUUCAUCCGGUGACGAAUAGUAUAACGAAUCUCUGCAAACAGGCGUAUAAAAAAUUCCUGCACAGCUUCGAAGAUUUCUACCGAAAGCUGGGAGUGACGUUAGUGGCGCACCCGCGCGGCGCACGCACUCCGCCCGCCGGUAGAUCUCUCAUACGAGACAAAGAUAAGCAGCCCCUCACUUCGUCCUCCGCUUCAAGCACACCGACAGGCACUCCCAGUCAGCGCGGCAAAGACAAAGAUUCUGACAAGAGCGAGACGGACAAAAGUGAAAAGAGCGAGAAAGAAGAAAAAACAGAGAAAACGAAAGAGAAACCUCGGGCUAGCGACGAAGAGGACAGCGCCGACAAUCAACCGCUCGUAGUUGCCGUGGCUCCAAAGAUCGAAAAGGAUAAAGAAAAAGAUAAAGAGAAGGAGAAAGAAAAGGAUAAAGAGAAAGAAAAGGAAAAGGAGAGAGAAAAAGAGAAAGAAAAUAGGAAAGAAAAAGAAAAAGUGAAAGAUAAAGAGAAGGAGAAAGAAAAGGAAAAGGAAAAAGAUAAAGAACGUGAAAAAUCAACGUCGACUACCACGAGCGAAGAGAAAGUGCUAGUGAAACCACGUUCGCAGUCUAAAGGACGUUCCUCGAUGCCGCCUUCUAAACCAGACUCCCACGACAAGCGGACACCGAAGAGACGCCCACUCUCCUCGAAAAGCGAGAGCGCAGGCUCAAGCACUUCGAGAGCCUCACGCCGACCUCACGUCUCAACGGACAGUGAUAGCUCCGGCCGUGCUUCUAGGCCAUCCACUAACGAGCCGAUGCAUACGCGCGUGUCGAACGUGAAAGCUCAAGUCGGUGACAAACUGAAAGUUUAUUAUGGACCCACACAGUCUGAAUCUAAGGUAUGGCCAUCCACUAACGAGCCGAUGCAUACGCGCGUGUCGAACGUGAAAGCUCAAGUCGGUGACAAACUGAAAGUUUAUUAUGGACCCACACAGUCUGAAUCUAAGGUCACGUACGAGGCUAAGGUAAUAGAGAUUUCGUCUGAGGGUAUGUUGAGAGUACACUAUACCGGCUGGAACACUCGCUACGACGAGUGGAUCAAACCGCAAAGGAUUGCACUCAACGUUACACAGCACGAACAGCGCAACAAAAAGGGUACCGGGAUGAGUAGACGUGUCCGUGCUAAGAUGAAUGAAGAGUCAUCAGCUCGGUCUGAUUCCGACAGUGACUCGGAUAGCGACGUCGAUCUGAAGAGACCACCUAAAAAACUAGACGAAAAAGGCCCUCCUUCUAAAAUUUUACCACGACCGAAAGAAGCAAAGACGGGUGAGAGCAGUGGCUCAAAUAAACCACGCAAGAGACCCGUACGUACAGUAUCUACGCCGACUAAUCUUUCUCCAAGCAAGAAACCACGACCGAUGCCCACCACUUGCCAUCAGGGACGAGACUUCGAUCUGAACGAAAUCAGAUCGGAGCUAAAAGGACUACAUUCAGUCAAACAGGACCACGAUGAAUCAUCAUUGAAACAAGAUCCACAUGACAAAACAUCUAGGCUCAUGCUUCCGGCAGCUACGAUGUCGGCCGCCCCCGCGGAACCCCCGCAACCCGAUAAACAAGCCGAGGACGUGUACGAGUUCAAAGAACCAGAACCAUUCGAACUGGAGCUGCACGACGAAAAGAAAAAAAGGACUCAUCGAAUAUUCGACGAUAUUUCCCCCAGUAAAUACACAUCAACGUUAUCGAAAUCGUUGAGUGAAGAAAUCUCCGAAGAUCCCUUAAGACCGCGUCCUUCGACUUUAAGAUCACCCUCGCUGUCGCCGUUCAGAGAUUUCGGAGCCACUCGUGCUCUCGAGCCAGGUAGACAAAGUCCCGAAGAAGACCCUAAAGUAUGUCUAUUCGGUUUGGACGACGACUCAUUCCAAGGCGAUGGCAGUUCGGGCCCCACUUUCGAAGGGUUCACUCCUGCUAAAAAUCAAGAGACUUACUCUAAGAAGAGUAAAGUGUCUAAGUUAAGAGAACUGAUCGACGAUUCGCCGGAAAGUCCGGCUGAUGACGAACAUUCUUCAGAGGAUGAGCAAGACUUGAUGGUAAAGGACGAAAAAGCGGUAAGUGAACCAAGCCCUGCUGCUCCCCAAGUGGAAACUGAGAAAAUAACGGAAAACGUUAAAGAAUGUGUCGCUUCAAAGGAAUUAGUGACACAAAUAAUACUGGAACCAAUCAUUGAAACGAAUACAGAAACUAAAUACGUUACAGAAGAAGCCGUAAAGCAAAAAGAAGUACCGAUGGAGAUAAUCAUAGCGCCGGAACGCCCAAAAACACCGCCACAGCAAAGAAAAGAAAUACAUAAAGUUAAUCUACUCUCCGUCCCUGUAUCCAUUUCUAAUGUCCAAAUGAAUGUGACGCUUACUGUUGCUAAUCCUGUUCUCAAACAAGAACCGGUCAAAGAAUCAUCACUCAAGUUGCUUACGGUUCCAAAAACACUAACGGAACCUAAAGAAAACAUUCCGCAAAUGAAGAUUGAACAAAACAUGGAACCAGAACCUGUAGUAUCGAAAUUUGAACCUCCCUCGAGCCCUCUGAUUGAUACAGAAGAAGAUAAGUCGGAACCCGACAGUCCGGCGAGGAUUGAUGUCAUCCCCGAACCGCCGCCUGGAUUCUUAUUACAGUCCGAGGGACCGAAGAUAGCGGAGAAAUUGCUUAAAGCCAUCAACAGUGCCAAGAGGCUCUCGAUGUCCCCGCCACCCACGGACGAUAGAUCGGAUGCGUCCAAAACGGAACCCAAUAAAUUUAACAAACCCGAGAUAAAAGUUUCUUCCCAAUCACCAGAACUGAAAACGAUCUCAUCAAAAUCUGACACGGUCAAGCCGUUAGUUAAGUCGGAACUCAAGAAAGUCCGAACUCCAGAAAUCAGCGAGUGUAUAUUCGGCGAGCCGUCGAACUUAACGGAUGCGAAGCGAGACGCGACCGACGUUAAGAAAGUUAGACCCAAAGACGAAAUCAGGAAAGAGGUUUUAUCUCCACGCUUACAGAGCCCAUUAAACAUACUUGAGCGGCGGCGUAGUGUUGCCGACUUACCAUUAGCAGUGCCCGCUCAGAAGAACAAUAAAGUUCUCAGCGACACGAUACAAAAGCUGUCGAGCCAGAUCAACCAGUCGGCGGCCGCUGCCGUCCCCUUGCCGCUGCCACCGUUCCCGCAAGCCGACAGGAGCGAAUCCAGCGAUUCCGACGAUUCCGAUCGGAGGUUAAUAAUCGACAAAGUGGAGGAGUGGGGCGGCAACAGUUGCGAGACGUCGCGGGCGAGCGGUGCGGCCGCCCUGGCAAGCCUACACGCCGGGAAGUCGGCCGGCGAGUGGAGCGCCGGGGAGUCCCUGCUCAUGCUCGAAGACGCUUGCAAGAACGAGAGGAAGCAUAGUGCAAGUGUAGUGGUGGCUGGCAGCGGCAGCGGCAGGGCAGCGGGGGUUGUCGGCGGGGGGGAGGAGGACAGCAACAUUUCGCUGCUGCUGUGCGAGGAGACCAUCCCCGGCUCCCCCGCGCCCGACGCCGAGCCGCAGCCGCCCCGCCACCGCCUGCACAUGCCCUUCGCUUCGGCGCCACAACACCAUCACUCGCUUUCUAAAGAGGAUCGUCGCGGCGAAGGUCCGUCCCGUCCGAUGGUGGCAGCGGGAGGGGGCGGCGCGGCGGGGGCGGGGGGUCCGGCCGCGGGCGAGGCGCCGGGCUGGGGACGCCGACACGCGCUCAUCGACAACACCCCGCCCACCACGCCCGACAGCAGCCUCGACAUGUCGCCACACAGGGACCGUCGUAUGUCUGAACGCGACAGUCCGUCGGAACGCAAAGACGACGAUGAUGAAGUACGACCGAUUGAUGCGUCACUGGAUAUUGAAAAACCACACGAGUCGUCAGCAUGCGGGCGGUCCCGCAAGGCGUCAGAGAGCUCCGGGGCGGGCGCGGGGGCGGGGCGGGGGCGCAGGCGGCGCCGCGACACCGACGAGCUCGGCGCGCACCACCCGCCGCACAAGUACAACUUCUAUGUCGAACUCGAUCCAUCAUGGGAUUCUCAGACGCGUAUAAACGUUCUUACAACACGACUAACAGAUUUGCGUAAAACCUAUCAUUCGGUGAAGGCGGAACUAGCCGCAAUAGAUCGACGUCGCAAGAAACUACGUCGGAAGGAGAGAGAAGCCGUAAAAGCUGCUAAAGCCGCGUGUUCGUGAUUCAAGAUGAACAUCAAUGAUCAAAAAUGAAGAGUUGUUAAAGCUAUUACACGUGUAUUCGUUUUAAGAUAAAUAUAACAUUUAAAAUUUUAAGAGAUUUAACUCUGUUAAUUUCGUAACAAAAUUUCAAAAAAAUAAAAACUGCUAUACCAAACAAAUGAGUAAUUCGUCCCAUUUUAAUAAAUAAUUUUAAUAUUACUCAAAAUUGUAAAUGUAAAGUUCUUUAUAAUUGUUGUCUAUUAUAUAUUUUAAGAAAUCUCUGAACUAAUUAUCUCUCAAUUUCUUAUUCCAUUGGUGGUAAGAAUGCAUUAGUUUUAAAACGAAUGUGAAGAUUUUAGUGUACCAAAUGGUAUUUAAAACAUAAGUCGUUCAAACAUGACGGUAUUGGACGGACUGACGGACUGUUUUUAUUUCGUAAAUUAGGUAAUUGUUUAGAAUAAGUUUCAAUAAAGUUUUAAACUAG